AUGGCACCAACAUCGUCGAAGAAGCGAAAGCACGCACGGAGCGGCGAGCGCAAAGCCGGAUGCAAGGUGAGGCGUAUCACUGACAGCGGCAACCAAGCUACCGUGGCGAUUCCCAACGACUCUGUCGUCGCUCAAGGAGCCGGCGACAGCAAUGCCACAAAAACCCGGCAAAGCAGCGUGCAGAUACAAGUGUUCCCGACCGCCCUGCCCACGCAGCUUCCAUUGGACCAAGACACGUACGCCGUGCGUCCGUGCUACGUUGAAUACUACGACUUAAUCACAGCCCAGCUGCGCUACGGUACUCGUACCAUUACAGUCUCUGGAACGUCAGGAACGGGGAACACGAUGCUGUACGGAUACGUCUUCUCUCGUUUCAGUCGAGAAAACCCCGAUGCAAUCAUCAUCACAGCGUCCUACACGGACGAAUCGAGGCUGAUUCGAGUCACGGUCUUCGAAGGAGAACGCGUGAUUGAAGCCGAGUACCUUGGUGGGAGGAGACUCAUGAAGAAAGCUCGAGCACUGGCCAUCGAGCGCAAGACCAAGCUCGUUUACAUGUUCGACGGGCCGCCCAAGUCCCCUCCUCCACCUCCAGCUCAGAUGAUCUGCUUCACUAACCCGAACAACGAAUGGCUGGACAAGGUCGAGCAUGCAGCCCAGUCGUUCGUGUGCUAUACUCCACUGUGGGAGUUGGACGAGCUGGUAGCUACGGCGGCCCAUGUUCCGUGGAGGCGACCGGGAAAGCCGGACGUUUUCCUGGAUCGAGCCACAGUUGAAGAGCGGUUCGCUACGUUUGGGGGCGUAGCGCGCGAGUGUCUCGCUGGCUGUGAAAAGUUUGUGACGAGGCGAAAGAACGAGCUCGUGCACGAUAUUGACGUGACUUUCGACCAACAAACCAGCGAGUGUGGCAUUACGUGCCAGAUCCCCGUGCGCCCUGGAGGAGAUCGAUCCUUCCCACGAGAAGUGUUAGCGGGUCUUAGCGCUUUGUCGGACGAAGUUGCUGACCAACGCGACAGAAAACUUGGAGGUGGCCGAGCGAAUGAUGCGAAGAAGGACAAGCUCAAGUGCAGUGAGCCGCGCUAUCAGCCUGGAGUGUUCUUUAAGCUCGCGGUGUGGGAGGAGUACAAGGAAACGUUCAUGUCAGGUGUGAGAGAUGCUGAAGAGAAUUCUACCGAUUUUUAA